GCCCGUCGCAUCGGGUAAUGUCGGUCGCUGCCUCUGCGCUCGGGGCACGGCUUGGAAGUUCGUCUUCCCUGGUGGGGAUUUGGUUGAGACCGGCUUGUGGAGUGCGGCCCCGCCCUCGUUGUCCGGCAGACGUUCGGAACCUUCGGUCUUCUCGCCGGCCCUAGCGGCACAUCCUCCAUGCGGCCAUCCGGCCAUCGACGCGACGAUUCUUGGACGUCUUUCGGCCAGCGCCGAGGAAUAUCGGACACGGCACGCUUCGGCCUUGACCUGACGCGGACCAGAACCGGCUCCGGAGGCGCUGUUGGGCGAGGAAGCUACCCGUCUCCCCCCAUGUCGGGGUCUCCGCCGCUUCCCCCCAAAACUAGCCCCGAGGUUGCCGAACGGAGCCAGGGGACGUAUCAGGCGACCACACAAGAUGUGUACUCUGGCAUCCCGACAACAACACAGAACGAGGAGAGGACACAGACGGGGGCCGCGGGUGGACCCCGCGCAUUCUUUUCAGAUGCACCAGAACGAGCACCCUACACUUUUCCUCGACUCGAUGCGCCAGGAACAAGGCCGCCACCGCUUUACCCACAACCGCUCGGCCAGGGCACCACUCAGUCAACAGCAUACCUGCCUGGCCCCGGAACUGGGGCGGCCGGGAACCACCCCGGGGCUUUGCCCCCUCCGCAGACAUACCCCUCAGGGGCGCAUCAUCCCACCCCCGACGCCCUGCACGAUACACCGCCAAAGACGCAAAGAAAGACAAAAGGACAUGUGGCAUCCGCAUGCGUGCCUUGCAAAAAGGCACACCUCCGAUGCGACGGUAUGUACCUGGGCUCGUCCUUCGCCGAUAUUAAACUUGAACCAAACAAAGGAACAACCGGGCUAGGCGGGCGGCACUGGCGCUGCGGCUCCGUCGUAGGGGUUUGCGGAAUUAAUUGACAUCAUAUUGUCGAGCAAUUCCGGGACCGUUUAGGCGCGGCAUUCAGCAGUGCCAAGCACCAGCGUGCAACGCCAUUCAAGCUGAGACGGCCCAUUGAUUUGAGUGUCGUCGCACCGGUAAUGGGGUCAUCAGGCUGCAGGAACGGGAGGGGAUGGUUCUCAAGCGGGCGCUAUCUCUUGUCCGUGCUUGGGUCCAGAUGCGCGGGGCGAUUGGUUCGGGGUCGGUGCUGCCCUUCCUCCCUGGGCUACCAUCACUCCAUGCCAGAACGGUUCGCUACUGCAAGGCGGAUGUCUGAUCCUACG